CGGCCAGGAUAAAAAUUGAUUCAACAUUUGCUGUAGUAUGUGACUUCUCUCGCGGGGUUACAGCAGGUCAGCAACCCCAGGUUUUGCUGGAAUUUUGGAAGAGUGAAAGAUGAGGGCAUUCUCUCCUUGCCCACUUUCGUCUUAUCCUGCUCUCUCUGCAACAGCUUCCUUGGCCACCCUGAAAGUCACUUCCAGCACUCAACUUUCAGCUCUCCACAGUGACAGUCCUUUCGUUCAAGAGGUUGUUCACGCAGUUGAUGCACUGCAGUCUGAGUUCAGAGCUGUGGAUAACUUGGUGGCACGUAACUCCUUUCGUGUUCUCAAAGCUUUUCAGAAUGCUCGAGUCGGAUCUUAUCAUUUUGGAGGAUCAACUGGCUAUGGCCAUGAUGAGGCUGGAGGACGAGAAGCACUGGAUCAAGCUUUUGCUGAGAUUGUGGGAGCUGAAUCUGCAAUAGUUCGGUCCCAGUUUUUCUCAGGGACCCAUGCCAUCACUUGUGCUUUGUUUGCAUUUCUGAGGCCAGGUGAUGAGCUUUUGGCAGUUGCUGGAGCACCUUAUGACACACUAGAGGAAGUCAUUGGAAAGAGGGAUUCUCAUGGCUUGGGGUCAUUGAAGGAUUUUGGAGUGACAUACAGAGAGCUUCCUCUUGCUGAAGAUGGUGGCCUUGACUGGGAUGCACUUGAGAGUGCUGUGAAACCUCAAACAAAAUGUGCUCUAAUACAGAGAUCUUGUGGCUAUUCAUGGCGACAAAGUUUAAGUGUGAAUGAUAUAGGGAGGGCCAUUAAGAUGAUCAAGAUGCAGAAUCCUAACUGCUUGGUCAUGGUUGAUAAUUGCUAUGGUGAAUUUGUUGAAGGAAUUGAACCUCCAAUGGUGGGUGCUGAUUUGAUGGCAGGUAGCUUGAUUAAAAAUCCUGGUGGGACCAUAGCUCCAUGUGGUGGAUAUGUUGCAGGGAAGCGGAUGUGGGUAGAAGCAGCUGCAGCUCGCCUCUCGGCUCCGGGCCUUGGAACUGACUGUGGCUCAACACCAGGGGACAUUAUGCGAGCUUAUUUUCAGGGCUUAUACCUUUCCCCUCAAAUGGUUGGUGAGGCAAUAAAGGGAACCUUUCUGAUUGCUGAAGUCAUGGCAUCAAAAGGAUUUAAAGUGCAGCCGCUACCUUGUGCCAGUCGACAUGAUACAGUUCAAGCUGUGCAGCUGGGGAACCGUGAGCGUCUCCUUGCUUUCUGUGAGGCUGUGCAAAGAAGCUCACCGGUUGGCUCAUUCACCAAACCGGUUGCUGGUUCAACGCCCGGAUAUGCAUCUGAGGUGAUUUUUGCUGACGGGACUUUCAUUGAUGGGAGUACAAGUGAAUUGUCAUGCGAUGGACCUCUAAGAGAACCAUUUGCUGUAUAUUGUCAGGGUGGUACUCACUGGACUCAAUGGGGCAUAGUUCUAGGUGAGGUCUUGAAGCACAUUUGAUCAGAAACCUGAGUUUCUAAUCAAUCAGUUCUUUGACAAAGCCACCAAGGGCUCGAAGUCUGAGCUUUGCAUUGGAGAUCAAUACAUUCUGCAGACUGCUGAAGAGUUUUGGGCAGCUUCUACUGCUGAGCAUGCAGUCUGUAGCACCAAGUGGUUCUGAUGAGGUUUAACCAAGGUUUCGGAGGUGGCAGUAGCAGAGGCAGAGAUGGCGGCGCUACAAGAAUUCUGGACAAUCUUGCUUUGACUAUUGGGAUGUAUUUGCUGCUGCUACUGUGUAUCAAGUUUUGAUGAUCAAUCCCGACUGUAUAUUAUGUUCAGCAUUCAUACUGUUACACCUGUUCAUCGUUCUACAUGGGUUUACAAUAUAAUCAAUGCAAGUGU